GUAGCGAUUAAAUACAAAAACCAAAAAAAUGACGGAUUCUGCUGCUGCCGAAGAUUCGGGUGAAGCUGCCUCAGAUCAUGAUUUUAUAGAGUUGAAGAGCAUGCAGGAUGUGGAGGCAUGCGACCAGCGGCAAUUAUACCAGUAUAUUGAAAAACUACAUGGAAUUAUCCGCAAAUACGACACCAGGCUUGCGGCCAAUAAACAAAAGCUGAAACAAUUAAGCAAUGAGACAAAGCUAUGUCCGACAACCACAAAAUCUAACACAAAUUUGGAGGAGAGAGAAUCGCCUGCAAAACAUGAUACAAAUAAGAAGGACCCUGUCACAGAAUAUUCGGCUACGGAUGCCUUCAGUUUUGUGGACGAGAUGCGCCAGGCGGCCAAGCAUGCGGAAAACCUAAACAACUUCGUAUAUGAGCCGACGUCCGGCAUGUACUACGAUCCGAAGACAGGCUACUACUACAACGCGGAGUACGAUCUGUACUACGAUGGCAACACGGGCUGCUACUACAGCUACGAUCACGGCAAAGACUCGUACGAGUUCCAUUCGCAGGCUCAGGUGCAGGCAAACGACGCAGCCAAGCCCGGAUCGGAGCCCAACGAUGACGAGGAUGAUGAGGUGGAGUUUGACGAACUCGGCGGUGUCAUAACGGACACGGCAACGCUGCAAAAGAUUAAAACUGAAAAGCAGAAGCUUAAAGAACGAGCCGAAAAAUCCAAGCGCAGGGCAAAAAAGAAGAAGGAAAAGAGCAAGAAGCACAACAAGAGUAAGCGUAAGAAGGAGCGUAUCUCUAAGCCGAAAAAGAAGCGUCGCAAUGCCGAUGAUGACAGGGUCGCUGAGGACGGCGAACUCCAGUCCAGCGACUCCAGUACCAGCUCCAACUCCAGCGAAAACGAUAGCAGCAGUAGUGGCAGUGAAGAUGACGGCGGUGUUCCCGUCUUCAAGGCUGCUGGACGCUUUCAAGACAUCGCCAAGAAGUAUCCGCCCUCGCUGCGGAUCAUUGUGCAGGAGACAAAUGUGGAGGAGUUAGUGGUCGGGAGCCUGCAUUUGAUCACAUACAAAGGCGGAUCGUUGGGUCGCGAGGGCGAGCAUGAUGUCAUCAUACCGGAUGUAAACGUGAGCAAGAGUCAUUUGGAAUUCUUUUACGAGGCCAAAACGGGAAUCUAUAGAUGUCGUGACCUUGGCUCCCGGAAUGGCACCGUCCUCAAUGGCAUGCGCAUGGCGAGCGAACCGAUGGAUCUGGUCCACGGGAGUGUCGUCACCAUUGGACAGACUAGACUUUUGUGUCAUGUGCAUGAGGGUAACAGCACGUGCGGACUAUGUGAGCCAGGUCUGUUGAUAGAGACGCAAGCACCGGUGGCAGCCACAGCGUUGUCAUCCACUGCGAUGGUACUGACACACAAGGAGCAGCUGAAGAAGCUGCAAAAAAAAUACGGUCUGGAAAAUGAAAAAUUUGUUGAGGCUAGUGGCAAUGGACAGCACAAACCAAACUACAAUGAUCGUGCGGCAACGCGACGCGUCAACGUGGGAAGUAGUACGGACAAGGAAAAAACGGAGGUGGCCUGUGUGCAUACCGAGAUUGCCAGCUCCAACAAAGGGUUCAAGAUGUUGAGUAAGCUUGGAUGGCAAAGAGGCAAUACUUUGGGAAAGACGAACGCCAGUGCGGGGCUGCUGACGCCGAUCAAUGUGGUGGCCAACGAGGGAACCAGUGGUCUGGGGAGGAGUGAAACUACAGGCGUUCCUAGGCCAGUAGAGAAACGCAAAAUAGCCAAUUUAAAGAUCACCCAGGCGCGAUAUCAGCGGGCCAACGACAUAUUCGAGCAGUCCGACGAAAGCGAUUGAAAAGCAUUAACAUUGGAAGAUGGAAACACAUUUAUUUAACAAUUACUCAAACAUAUGCGUAGGUGUGUGUGUGUGGAUUAUGUGUGCAUAUGCUUUUAGACUUGUAUAUAGUAUUAAUUAAAAAUCUUUCUAUACGGUUAAGCUAUCAGUCAUUGAUUAAUUUAGCUUCGCUUUAAAAAAAGUAGAAAAUGCUAAUAUUAAAUAAAUAUGACAUCGUUCGGCUACAUAUGGUCUCGUGUGGCUAAACUAAGCACACGAAAAUCAAUCGUUUAAACUAAUAAUUAAGUUGCCUAUGUUAAUGUUAAAUACAAAAGCCUCUUAAGAUA